AUGUCAUCAAAUUUUCACGCAGAAGGCGAAAAUGAGGAGGACAUCUACCUCGACGAGGCGGACGCCGAAGAAAUCGUCGAAGGCGACGAGGACCACCCCAUGGACUCCGACGACGACGAAGACCACGCGAUGCAAGAGGAAAUCACAAUCCAAAACGACUCCGUUGCGCAUUUCGAUCACCACUCAGACUCUGUGUUCUGCAUUGCGCAACACCCCGUCCAUGAAUCAAUAGUAAUUACUGGUUCUGGUGACGAUACAGCUCACAUAUUCGAUUCGACACCCACGGAUGUACGACCGUUACUUCCCCAGAGCUAUGAAUCGAAUCCGCAACCCAAGACUGAGCGAAAAUCAUUGGAGCCGAUAAAGAAGUUGGACGGACACACAGAUUCCGUCAAUGCUGUGGCUUUCACGAGUCCCAAGGGUGAAUAUGCGCUGACGGCUGGCCUCGACGGACGUUUGCGCGUAUACAGAGAUACGACAGCACAAAAUACGGGGAUGAUGUGGGAGUUUGUCGCCGAAGUACAGGAAGUAGAGGAGAUUAAUUGGUUGUCUGUUUGCCCAGCUCAAGAGGAUCAGGAGGACAGCCAUAAUAUAAUCGCGAUUGGUGGUAAUGAUGGCAGUGCGUGGGUGUUCAAGAUUGAUCAUACGGACGCCGCUCAACCUAUCUCGAUUAUUCAGACGUUCUUUCAACAUACUAUGGCCUGUACGGCAGGUGCAUGGACACCCGAUGGAAAGCUUUUGGCGACUGUCUCCGAGGAUGGUAGUUUCUAUGUGAAUGAUGUAUUUGGACAAGCCGCUGCUGCGGGAUAUGCCUACUCUGCUGGUACAACCGCGGUUGUGGGAUAUACAGCUGAAGAUCAGCGAUUUGCUGUCGAAGGCGGUCUAUACUCUAUUGCUAUAUCCCCGUCAGGCGCCAUUGCUGCUGUCGGUGGUGCGGAAGGUCAUAUCAAGGUGGUUGGAUUGCCUCGUUUGUCAGCACCUGCUGCCAAGUCGAAAUCCAAACCAGCACCUGCUGGUGGCGCACAGGCAGCGGGCGCUGGCGUCCUUCUUGCUUCUCUGCAAGCACAAUCAGAUAGCGUUGAAAGCUUGUCAUUCUCUUCCCUGCCUCUGACAAUGCUCGCUGCUGGCUCUGUUGAUGGAUCAAUCUGCCUCUUUGAUGUCGCACAUCGCUUCGCAGUCCGAAGACAUAUCCGUGACGCCCAUGAGGGAGCUACUGUAGUCAAAGUAGAGUUCUUACAACAGCCUGCUCAAGCCAAUGCACCUCUGAUCCGUCCGGGCCUGCCAGGACCCGCUGCCAAUGCCACAGGUCAAGGUCGACCUUGGAUUCUUACUUCUGCCGGUUUGGACGGCGUGGUGCGACGAUGGGAUGCUCGGGGUGGAACUACCGCGGCAGGACAGGGUUUACUCAAAGAAUGGAGGGGUCAUCUGGGAUUAGUUGAGACUGAAGGUGGGGAACAGUCUGGCGGUAUUCUGGGGUUUGUGCAGGGAAAUGCUAGUGGGAAGCGAGUUGUGACUGCGGGCGAUGACGGUGUUGUUCUUGUUUAUGAAGAAUAA